GCGAGUGGCUGGGCCGGGGUGGUCAGGACCAGGUAGGGCCGGCGGGCGUGCCUGUGACGUGCUCUGGCGCCUGUGACAUCACAGGGGACGAGUCCCCACGGGGCGGUUAUCAGGGGCGCCAGCAGCAGCGCUGCCCCAGUCCGGCCUGGGCCAGCGGUGAGUGCGCAGGCGGGGGGAGGCCGGGCUGGACGGGGCCGGGGCAGAAACGCGGCCCCCGGGGGUGGGUUCUCACCCUGCAUGGAGGGCCCGGCCGCUCGCGGGAGCACCUUGGCCAGGGCACGGAGCCGCCGCCGCUGGGGCCGGGGCAGCCCUUGCUGCCUCCCAGCUGCCUCGGCCCCGCUCCUAACCUGCCCCCAGCUCCCUGUGGCCCCCAGCCCCGCUCCCCAGCCACCAGCCCCCUCCCUCUCGCACAGCCCCACUGAGCCCCUUCUCUCCCUUCUCGUGCAGGCCAUGGCUCUCUUGGACGUUGCCUUCGGACUUUGGCAAAUUCUUACGCUGAACGUGCAGCCGGUCGGCUAUGAGCCGGAUGAGGAGACGCGCGAGCGCAUGGAGCAGCGUGCGCAGAUGCUGAACCGGGAGAUGACUCGGCUGUGGCAGGAGGUAGAGCGGAUGAACCAGGAGCAGAGGAACCAGGAGCAGAGCGGCUUUGCUUGGGCAUCCCUGCUCCUCUCCGCCUUGCAGUGCUGGCAGUUCUGGGCCAUUGCUGCAGUCCUGGUCCUGCUCUUUGGGCUCUGCUGGUGGCUCAGGAAACGGAGCCAUGAGCCAGAGAGAGAAGAGGAGAGCUCCGGUAACAACGUGGAGGAGGAGAGACAUAGAGAAGAGAAUAACGAUGCAAAUGAAGCCGAAGAAAGAAGUGAUAAUGCAAAUGGAGCUGAAGAAGAGCAUGACGAUGCAAAUGGAGCUGAAGAAGAGAAUGAUGAUGCAAACGAAGCUGAAGAACAGAAUGAUGAUGCAAAUGAAGAUCAAGAAGAGAAUGAUGAUGACAAUGAAGAUGAAGAAGAGUAUGAUGAUGCAAAUGAAGGCGAAGAAGAAAAUGGUGAUGACGAUGAAGAUGAAGAAGAGUAUGAUGAUGCAAAUGAAGGCGAAGAAGAAAACGGUGAUGACGAUGAAGAUGAAGAAGAGCAUGAUGAUGCGAAUGAAGGCGAAGGAGAAAAUGGUGAUGACGAUGAAGAUGAAGAAGAGCAUGAUGAUGCAAAUGACCCGGGAGUGUUUUUUGCGGAGGGCAUACAGUGGCCAGUUCAGCACCUGGACAGAGAUUGCACGUCUGUGCUGAGCCUUGUGGAAAUCUUCAUCCUUGUCUACCAGCGUUUAUUCUCAAAUACUAGUUUUCCAGUGCUGGAAAAAGCUAUCGGGGUGGGCAGUGCCUUUGAAGGGUGGAGUCCCCGUGAGGAAGACAUCACCUACCGCCUGCUUUUGCCCUUGAAGCCCCCCCGUGGACACACCUUCCACCUGGAGCCGGGCCCCGUGUGGCCAAUGAGGAACUUCCGCGUCCGCGUGGAGUUGGUGUGCACCUGUGAGACGGAGCAGCCGGCAGGAGAGACACGUUUCUUCCUCCACGACCCCGAGCAAGAGCAGGGGAGGAAUGCAAGCUUCAGCACCCUAGACGACCUCUGCACUGACUCCUACCUAGAUGUGCAGAAAACUGCGCGCUAUUUCCAGAUGUUCGUGAGACGUUCCUGGAGGGCUCUGCCUCUUUCAGCCAUUCGCCGCCUAACAAUGCUGCCCUCCGACCGCUCCUGCAAAUUCUGUGUGACAAAUCGCCGGGGGAAAAGGCUUUCAAUUGAGUUGAUGUUCGGGGUGCAAGAAGGCGCCUCGGACAUCUUUGUGAGCAGCCAGUAUACAGAGGCUGCCUACACCCCUAGCACGAUGUGGCCAGAGACCUACGCUGUGGCAGAGAGGAAGUUCUUCAGUCAUAUCGCCAAACAUGCACAGCCUGACACCGGCUACCUCAGAUGCCUGCAGCUCUGUGUCGGCUGCCUGCUGGGCAGAGACUUUUCCACCUAUACAAUGAAGACAGUUGUGAUGCAUCUGCUGAGCGCCAUGCCGCUGUCAAACUGGCGCAGGGGGCAUUUCUGGGAAUGGCUGAACAGCAUCAUGCAGUACCUGCAGAGAUGUCUGAAGAAGAAACACCUGAACCACUUCUUCAUUGGCAAUGAGAACGUGCCUGAGGAGAUCAACUUGCCCCUGGAAUUGCAAUUGGCUCAACCAGUCAACCUCUUCCAGCACCUGACACAGAAUCCUGACGCCUUUCUGCACGCACAGCUUGAGUUUGAGGAGCUGCUAAAUCGGGUUCAUAUAAUGCUUCUCCGCGGACGCUGAAGGAGGUCUUCCCGCACAGAGCUGUGUUUGCGCAGGUCACAGCUGCUGGCAGACGACCGCGUCUUCCAGGAGGAAAAAAGAGAGGAGAAUGCAGGGCACGGAACGGAAAGGGAACACCCUGCGCAGCAGCCCUCCGCCAAAAGUGGCAGCGUUCCCCUCUCGAUGGUCUCCCCAGCGCAGCAGCCGGUGAGGACAAAGAGGAUUGUGACCCUGCUCUCCACUUUCACUGUCAGGGCCGUGGUGGCGAUUUCACAUUGGCCCAGAUACUCUUGCUGGGAGCUCCGGCGGGGCAGGGACCAAGCGACAGGCACCGCUCCAUGUGCCUCAGUGUGACCUCUGGGGCCUGGGGGACACUCUGCCCACCCCAGACACUCUCUUGGGAGCUGGUGCCACAGAACCGAGCGCGCUGGACACGAGGAACACGCUGAUCAGUCGGCAGCGGGAAACGUUCCUGCCCAGCAAAAGCACGCGCUGGGGAGUGGGACCCGAUGCAGCUGAAGAGGCCGUCGCGAGGAGGCUUGUGACAGGGACUCCGUUACCAACCGGACAUUGACUGCACCCCUGACGUUGACACAUUCCGUUUCUUCUGGGAGCUUUACCAUGUGCAAAGCUGCCAAUAAGUGUUGUGUUUGAAUAAACAUUGUGU